GCAAUUUAAACGUGUCUGUCUAACUCAAAAGUGGCAGAGAUCAGCGAGCAGACAGAUCUGCAGACCAUGAAUUAUCCUCCAGAACUUUACCGGACCGAUUUUAACAGGUUCGCCAAUGGUGAGGAACACAAAACUCAAUCCAUCCGGGGGAAGGAGCUCGUAGUUCGCAGAGGAAAACCAUUUACCAUCAAGCCACUAAUUCGCUAUCGAAAAAAAGAGGAGAAGUUGGACAAGUUGAGCAUUACAGCAGAAACAGGUCCAAAUCCAUCAAGUCAAAAUGGGACACACGCUUAUUUUCCAGUAGGUGAACUCAGAGAUAGCAAAUCAUGGAGUGCUAAGCUGGAAAGUGCAAAUGAUACUUCUUUAUCAAUCACCAUAUGUUCUCCAGCAACAGCCUGCAUUGGACGCUACAGUUUGUAUCUGGAAGGCACUUACCAGGGAGUGGUUCAGUCCUACAAUUUGGGGACCAUAAUUCUUCUAUUCAAUGCGUGGUGUCCAGAUGAUGAUGUCUUUCUUGAUAAUGAGACACUGAGAAAAGAAUACGUGUUGAAUGAAAAUGGGUUUUUAUAUCAAGGAAGUAAAGAUUUUAUUAAAAGUAUACCUUGGAACUUCGGACAGUUUGAAGAUGGAGUUGCUGAUAUCUGCCUAAAGAUUCUAGACAUGAGCCCCAGUUUUCUUAAGGAUCCAGCAAAAGAUUGUUCUAAAAGAGGAGACCCCGUGUAUAUCAGCAGAGUCAUCUCUGCCAUGAUUAACUCUAAUGAUGAUCGUGGGGUGAUAGAAUCAAGCUGGGAAGAGUUCUUCUCAAAUGGAACACACCCAAGUGCAUGGAACGGGAGUGUCAGCAUAUUACGACAGUGGUUUAGAAGUAAUUGCAGACCUGUUAGAUAUGGCCAGUGCUGGGUCUUGGCUGGUGUCACAUGUACAGUGAUGCGACUCCUAGGAAUCCCAACUCGUGCAGUAACAAACUUUGAAUCAGCUCAUGAUUCAAACUGCAAUUUAACCUGCGAUGAGUACUAUGAUGAAACGGGAAAACAACUAGACUCACUUCAAAAAGACAGUAUCUGGAAUUUUCAUGUUUGGAACGAAUGCUGGAUGGCUAGAAGAGAUCUUCAACGAGGAUAUGAUGGAUGGCAAGUUGUGGAUGCCACACCACAAGAGAUCAGUGAUGGUACCCAUUGCUGUGGGCCAGCCCCAGUGAAAGCAAUAAAAGAAGGAGAUGUAAAUGUUGGUUACGAUGUUCCUUUUGUUUUUGCUGAGGUCAAUGGUGACAUUGUUCACUGGAUUGUCGGAGAAGAUGUUGUGAAAAGAGGGAAAACAGACACGCUUUCCAUCGGCAAAUACAUUAGCACAAAAAGUGUUGGGUGUAACACCAGAGAAGACAUAACGCAUCAAUAUAAGUAUCCAGAAGGAUCUUCACAAGAAAGAAACGCAUUUGAAAAAGCUGUACUCAAAAUGAAGUCAGAUACGUCAUCUAAAGACAAAAGAGAUUUAGCUGUGGCUGUGGACUUUGAUGUCUCGUUGAAGUUAGCCGAAUCUCCAAUGAUUGGGCAAACCAUCUUACUCAUUUAUCAAGUGUGUAACAAGAGCAGUGAAGACAGGACGUUUUCAAUAUCUGCUAAUGCCCAAGAAAUGCUUUAUAAUGGGAAACCUCUUGAACAGUUUUGGAGCAAACUCGUUCGCAUGGACGUAAAGGCAAACACAACUGCAGAGACGAGCUUCCAGAUUCACCCAUAUCAAUACCAGAGAUAUGUAAAGUCGAGUAAUAACAUCAGAGUAACUGCACUGGCUACAGAUACAAAGAAUAAUAGACUUAAACUAGCAAUUAAAAACAUCAUAUUUGAUCUGCCAUCAAUAGAUAUCAAAGUAUAUGGAAUGCCAAAACUCAAUGAGCCUCUGAGUGUCAUGUUGUCGUUUUCCAAUCCAUUUAAUGAUAUACUCAGCAACUGCGUCAUGUCAUCUGAAGGUGCUGGACUAACUCCCAAUGGACCCAUUGUUGUUAAUAUGGACCAGAUAUUUCCUUCCCGAUCUGGCUUUGUGAAAAUCUUCUGUGCACCAUUCAAGAAAGGAACAUUGCAGUUACAUGUGAACUUCUCUUGUGACAAAAUUAAGUAUGUGAAAGGAAGCAUCACAAUAGAAGUACCAUAGUUUUAACCAAUCUACGAUCUACAUAAUUAUAUCAAUGUAGAGAUUACCUCUCUGCACAUUUCAAAAGCAUGUCGAGACCUACCAGCUCCUACUUGUAAACUCCACAAAGCACUAACCUGUUUAGUUUUAUGUCUUUAUGUAUAUUGUUUUUUUUGUAUUUAUUUUGCUCUAUUACUACAGUUAGAUUUUGAGUACCUAGCAGUAAAAAUAAGUCUGCACAUUUAGUGCUUAGAUACCAAUAUCAUAUUGGUAUAGGAUUUGUAAUAUUACAUUAACCUAAUGCUAUAA